AUUUCCAAUUACAUCGUUAUCUUGCAGGCGUUGCCGCUAACAACUUCCAAGCCAUGACCGUUUCGGUUACGCAAACAACGCAAGGAGGUUCCACCAUUACCUCCAUCACCAAACCGUGCACCGCUUCCAGCUGUUACGCUUCCACUCGUUCGGCUGCCAUGAUGGCACUCGCUUUGGGCCAUCGGCCGAGAAGUGCUGCAACAUCAGCAGCGGCAGCAGCAACAGCAACAACAGCUGCUACAACUACUGGAAACACCAACAACACCAACAAUAGCAACAACAAGAGCAUCAACGCAAACUCUAACACCAACUCCGAUUUUAGCCCACCACCACCAGUCGGUGUCACAAACAAAUCACCGAAUUCGGUGCAACGCAACGCCGGCAACAAUACGGACAACACGCGUUACACCACCGUUGCCGCUGUGCAUAUGAAUGGCGGCACUGGCGUUGGUGCUGGUUUUGGCAGUGGUGGCAGUGCUUCUAGCGGUUCGGACAAUGACGGCUUCAACACCUCGUCAUCUUCAUCGGCCACUGCGUUGCGUCGCUUUUAUUUCAAGAGUGGCCGUAAAUCAAAAAUGAACUCCACGGCUACCACUUCGAUGACCAGUAUACCGUUGAAUGCCGUUUCUACAGCAGCUGCUGCAUUCCACACGUCGAUAAGUGGCGGACUGCCACCAACAUCAGCUGCCGGCACUGCUGCAGUACCAAAGGUUGUCAUAAUGGGUUCCUCAUCAGCUUCCAUAACCGAUGCCAACAUCAAUACAUCAACGGAUUCAGCGUCGACGCUAGUGACAAGCGUAACACAUACAGACACAUCAGAAGCAUGCGAUUCACUGGAUUUGGGCGAUAAUUCGGGCCAGAGCGAACCGUUGUUCAGUUCGCUGGAAGAACCGUUGCUGACCGCCAUACAAAUCGACUCCGAGCAUGAAAAUGCCACCGAACUGGAAUUAACGAGUUGCAACAUGUACAAUCGACCGGAUAUGAGUGUGCAGGAUAGCACUGAGAGUCAGGAGUCAUCGCUGUCCAUUCUCACAAUUGAGCCAUCUUCAACCACACCGCUCCUUGCCUCGCAUCGUCGUCAACAGAGCAACAAAUGCGGCAUGUCUGCUCCACCCGCCGCCAAACUAACAACCUCCAACAACGCAGAACGACUGCCGAGUACAGCACCAGCGCCUAGCAGUGGCACCAAACAUUUUACUUUCGAUCCGCCAACAUCACCGAAGUCGGCGCGCACAACCGAAAAGUCACGCACACAUUUUAACUUCAAGGAACAGCAGCAGCAGCCGCAACAGCCACGCCGCGGCAGCAAUUGGGAAGACCAACGCAUCCACACAACCAAUUUCAUUGAGGACCGCAGUCCCACCGCCACGCGGCGGGAUAACUCACCGAGCCGCAGCAAAUAUCGAGCUUAUGCUGCACAACGGCAUGCAGCCGCAGCCGCUGCGGCACAAGCUUACUAUGAGCAGCACCACCUUGCCGACGACGAGGAAUCUCUGGAAGGCACGCGCAGCAAAAAAUCACGUUCACGUGAAGCCAGCAGCAACACGCGCCAACGCUACCCACCUGGCAGCAAUGGUGGUGCGGCGACCAGUCCAAAGCGCGAACAGCGCCGCUCGCCCUCCAGUUCAGCGCCACCCACCAUGAAGGAGGCGCACUUCUUUGCCAGCGGUGUGAUCAAAACCGCCAAGCAGCUGUCGCCUGCCUCGCAGCAGCGCAAGUAUUCCUCCAGCUCUUCGUCGGGUGGCAGUGAGCGCGGACGUGAGCGCACCAAAGAUUCAACCAUGUUCCCGUUUGAUCGUGAGGCCAUCGACUACGAUCGCAUACAACGCGAAUGCUUCGCUGUCGAUGAAAACUCAAGCUCAGCAACUACGACUAGCGACUCAGACGAUGCAGAGCCUUGUUCGGUGUAUGAGCGCAAGAUGUCCGUACACCACAUUUCGCCCAGUAAAACAGGUGACGCAUUUCAGCAAUACAAGCUGCUGGCACAGCACGAACAGGUGCAGCAGCCACUGGAGGCGCUGGUGGGUGGACCACCGUCACGCAAAAAUUCGAAGCGCAUCCGGCCCAGUUCCGUUAUCCAUGCGACAAUACGCGAAAUUCAGCCGUUUGUGCCGCAGACGGACGCAUUCUAUCCGCAGAAGGUCAAACAACAAUCGCCCAGCGAGUAUGCGGCGAUCGGUGUAGGCGGCAGCGGCGGUGGUCUAGGCAGUAGACAGCAUUCACCCAAAUCCAUUGGUGAGUUGAAUAAGUUCGAGGAGUUCGCCUCGAAAUUUGAGCAGAUUCCACCUAAACUACAGCCACAUGCCAAGACGACGGGUGGCAGUCCAUCCGGCAGCAACAAUAAUGCAGCGUUGAUUGGCAGCGCGCUGCAGGCGGCGCCGGUGUUGGCGACAAAUGGUAGUGGCAACAACAGCUGUGGCAUGACAGUGGGCCCCGUGGCGCCAACUACGAGCCCAACCGGGUCACUGCGCGGCAUGAUAUCGCCGCCGAUGCCAAAUCUACGUGUGGACUUUUUUGCCGAGUCACAAAUGAUGCAUCCGCGGAAGCGAUCGUCCAAAAAAAAAUCGUCAACAGUCAAAGCGGACCUUACCAACGCAACGCAUGACAUUUUGGAUGACAGCCAAAGGGGAGCUGGUGGUGGCGGCGUAAGCAUGAUGCUGCUAGCUGGAGCAGGCGGCGCUGGCGGUGGCGGUGGUGCUGGGCCCAUCAACGUCACUUCGAACCCAAUGGAUGUGGCGGUGUGUGCGCCACCGCGUGCCACCAUUGUCGUGCAACAACCGUCCUUGAGCUUAGACAACACCGUGGAAACGUUGCUUAUCAAGAAUGAAGGUGAUUUCAUCAGCGUAGAACAGGGCAAAGAGACCUUAACAGCAACUGGAGCAACUGGAGUAACCGCUACCGCCGGCACAAUACACACAUCGGCACACGCACGCAAGCGUAACUCGCAACAAUUGCAACAUCCACCACAUCACCCAGCGGGUGCACAUCAUCAACAUCAGUCAGCUUCGCAACAACAGCAACAGCAACAGCAACAACAACAACAACAACAACAGAAACGUGAUGAAAAUAUGCGGCAAUUUUAUGGUUCACCGCAUCAUAGCCGCUCACAGUCGGUAAAAACACCAGGCAGCCGUGCGUCAGGACGCCCCAAUCAGCUAUGUCUGCCACAACAACGUUCACGCGUCGCUUCAAUGCCAAAUACCGGCGUCGAGGAGGAGUACUAUAGACUGAGACAUUUUUCCAUCACAGGCAAAGGUGUUGUUAAUCGUGGAGAUUCUUUGAAGAGUCGACGCAGUCGUUCGAACAACAGUGUGGCGAGCUCAAAUUCUAGCACGGAGCACUUGACUGCCGCACAAUUACCAGCCCCAAAUUCGGCUCGCACAUCAGCCACCUGCAGUUUGGCGUCCAGCCGUGAGAGCAGCACAUCAAAUCCAGGCAGUGGACCAUACAGAGUCCUGAUGCUCGGCGGCCCAGCAGUGGGCAAAAGCUCUUUGGUCUCUCAAUUUAUGACUUCAGAGUAUUUACAUGCCUACGAUACAAGUAUUGAUGAUGAAUCUGGCGAAAAAUCUGUCUCAGUAUUGUUAAGUGGCGAGGAGUCCGAACUGAUUUUCAUCGAUCACGCUUACACAGAAAUGAAUCCUGAUGAUUGCCUAUCCAGUUAUGAUCCGCACGGUUAUUGCGUCAUUUAUUCAGCUGCCGACCGCAGCAGUUUCACUGUGGCCGAACAUGUAUUGCAGGUGCUGUGGACAAAUCAAAAUAUCGCGCAAAAGGCUGUCAUAUUAGUGGCGAAUAAGGCCGAUUUGGCGAGAAGUCGACUGGUGACAUCCGAUGAGGGCAAAGCCAUGGCCACCGCCUAUGAUUGCAAAUUCAUUGAAACCUCUGUGGGCAUAAAUCACAAUGUCGAUGAGCUGUUGGUGGGUUUGUUGUCGCAGAUACGUUUGAAAUUGGAAAAUCCGGAAAAAUCAAGGGAUCUAUUCCGUAAACGUUCGAUUCGUAAGUCUAAGCGUCGCGCCUGCUCACCACUCAGCGGCGCCUGCCUAACCGGCGGCACUAACCCCAACUCACCGCUGGGACCAAUGAAUAAUGUCAUUUCCGAUGCCAAUACACCGCCCGGCAGUGCACAAAGCAGCCCCCGCAAAUAUCGUGGCUCUCGCACAUCGACCAGCCUAAAAGUUAAGGGUCUUUUGGGACGUGUCUGGGCACGAGACUCCAAGUCGAAGAGUUGCGAAAAUCUACAUGUGCUGUAAGCAGUUAGCAGCUGUAUUUAAGCUUACAGCCAACUUACUCGCUGUUCAACGUGUGAAAGCUGCAUAUUUGUUUUGAAUGCGUGUGAAUAGAGAACUACAUACAUACAUAUGUACAUGAAGUGUAAGGAAAACAUUCGUGUCGAGAAAAACGUUGGAAUAAACUAACCAAAGAAAAAUAUUUGCCAUAUUUAUAAGCUGUUCUCACAUAAAGAACUGCGUACUAUAAGAAUUUAAGUGAAAUGUGUGUGAAAUAUGGAAAUGGUAUGCGACUAAAAAUACGAGUAUAAAGAAUGUAAGAGAAAAUGUUUCAUUUUUAUUCUGUAAAUAGUAGUAUUGUGUUUUUUUGUAUCUAAAUUAAGUAAAAAUUUCAUCUAUCAUUGUAUUACA